AGAAGCCGUGUAAGCUGAAGGGAGGGCUCCUGGGUUGGAAGGUCAUGGUAUAAAAGCCAGGAGGCGGCAGUGAUUGCCACUCACACAAACUACACACUGUCAACAGUGACGGAUUACAGGAGGCAGCAGAGCAGAUUCAUUGACAGAACCGAGGGCUCGACUGGACCUAUAACUUUGCCAUCAACAUGUCAAAGGUAUUUAAGAAGACCAGCGGCAAUGGACAUAUUGCUCUGUACUUGGGGAAGAGAGACUUUGUGGACCAUGUGGAUUCAGUGGAAGUAGUCGAUGGGGUAGUUAAAGUGGACCCUGCUGGUCUUGAAGGCAAAAAAGUAUAUGUCUACCUCGCCUGUGCCUUCCGCUAUGGAAGCGAAGAAUUGGAUGUCAUUGGGCUGUCCUUCAGGAGAGACAUCUGGAUAAAGCGCAUUCAGGUGUAUCCACCUACAGGUGAAAGCGUGACCAAAACACCAAUGCAGGAAUCGCUCAUGAAGAAAGUUGGAGAGCAAGGAUGUCCCUUUUCCUUCCAGAUGCCAACAAAUCUCCCGUGCUCAGUUGCCUUGCAGCCAGCGCCCAGCGAUUCUGGCAAGGCCUGUGGCGUGGACUUUGAGGUUAAAGCAUACCUUGCCAACGCACCUAACAACUCAGAUGAAGAAGUUGAAAAGAAGGACACUUGCCGCCUGAUGAUUCGUAAAAUACAGUUUGCACCAGCUAACAACAAGCCCGGACCCAAGGCGGAAAUUUCCAAACAGUUCAUGAUGACUGACAAACCACUUCACUUGGAGGCCUCCCUUGAAAAAGAGCUAUAUUACCAUGGAGAUCCUAUCGCCGUCAAAGUAAAAAUCAACAACGAAACCGCUAAGGUUGUGAAGAAUAUCAAAGUCUCAGUUGAGCAGCUAACAAGUGUGGUCCUCUACUCAUCUGACACUUACACCAAGGCAGUUUGCACUGAGGAGUUCAAUGAGACAGUAAACGCCAACUCUACACUGGAGAAGACCUUCCAAAUCACCCCCCUGCUGGCCAGCAACGCGGAGAAGCGCGGUAUCUCGGUGGACGGGCGGCUAAAAGAGGAGGGCACCAACCUCGCCUCCACUACCCUGAGUGAAGGAGAAAAGGAGAUGCAGGGAAUCAUGGUCUCCUACAAAGUCAAGGUGAAUCUGAUCGUGUCCGGCGGAGGCCUGCUGGGUGGCCUUACAGCAAGUGAUGUCUCUGUGGAGCUUCCUCUGUGUCUGAUGUCCCCAAAACCAGCAGAAGUAAAAUUGGAUUAAAGGCCUCUUUAGUUCAGCAGGACAGACAUCACAAUCGAGUCCGUGGAGGGAUGAGAUGUCCAGCAAGGAAAAUCACUUCUCUGUCAGAGAACACAGAACACAAGGGAACUCAACACCAAUGAAGAGAGUUACUAAUUCCCCUGGCACAUGAACAUGUGACUGACAUCAGAUGGAUGCCAUUGUAGCAUAGAAAUAAACAUGUGUUGUACUUUUUUUUUCUUUUGUGAGAUGAAAUGUCCCCUAGCAUAGAUAUUAGACUUUCCCCUCAAAUAUGUCAUGAAAACUGACGAUGCAGAGAUCUAUUUAUUAUUGAUGUUUUAUUGCUGUGUCAUUAGAGCCAUGAAAUAUUUUUGACUGAAUGUGCAGUCGUGGGACAAAUAUCCCACAAAUACUCACUCUUUAAAGACAAGAGAAGGAAAUAAACACAUCGUUUCCCCCAA